AUGGCAGAUCCUCUGAGCAUAACUGCCUCACUACUAGCGGUUAUCACAGCUGCUGUUCAGUCAACGAAAGCGCUCCGCGAAACUAUCAUACGAUUCAAAGGUCGCGACAAAACAUUAGCCAGACUGCAGCAUGAGCUAUGCGAUCUCGUCACAAUACUAGACUCGUUGAAGCAAGUGAUUGGGACGGAGGCAGAGAUGUUGGCGCUUCUCAAAGGUCCUAUUGAGAGAUGUGCCCAAGUAUGCCACGAUUUUGAAAAGUGUAUGCAGGCUUUCGGAAGCAAAUCGAAGACAACCAUCAAAGACUGGACAAAGAUGGAAUUCAUGAGAGGUGACAUUCAUGAAUUUAUCGAUACCAUAUCUGGGUACAAAUCCACAAUAUCGGUCGGCUUGGGCACCUUGACCAUCCAUAAUGCCAAAGUAUCUCAAAAAGUUCUCGAAGAUUAUAACGAAAUGAUCAAGGACACAAUGUGUUCCUUGGAAGUUCACUUACAACGAGUUGACGAGAAGAUGGGGCAGCUCUCCAUCGACAACACGACCACUUCAAGCUCAAGUCUCGAUCUCAAUGACGAAAAGGAAGUCACUAAACAAUGCCUUCGCAUUUGUGAAAAUGCGUGUCAUUACAUCGCAUCCCUAGCCGGUCAAGAAUCGUCUCUCUUGCAAGGGUCACGAGAUGGAGGGGGGAAGGAUCAUCUUUUUGAGGCCCAAAGAAUCACCCGACAGGCUCUGGACAAAAAUCAAGAUAGUUUCGACACGAUUAUCCGUGGGCUCCGGGCCCGUUUGGAAAUCCUUGUAUCGAAUAAUGACCCUGGCGACGAGAACGAGAGGACACGCUUAAUAAAGGACAUCGAUGCUUCCGAGCAAUGCCUUGAGAUCUGCAAGGUAGCGAGCGAAGUGUCGAAUCGGAAAGAAUACAGAGUGGGAGAGGUCGUUGCAGAUGGCGAGAGCGACCAAGUUGUUGUGAAUACCCUUGCGGAUCUUUUCGAUGUGAAGAAAGCGUUAUCGCUGGGGAAUUCAGCCCAACUUGUAGGCUCCAUGACGGAAGAAGCCCUUCGGCAUUUGACGGACAAACGAUAUACGAGUCGGUUUGGAGCUUUAUCCUAUGCUUCUAGUAACACUGAUGAUCGAGUCACGGGACAGAUUCCAGCUAGGGGGGACUCAGCAAUCCGGGCAAUCUUACCCAAAUAUGAACAAGCCCGAGCGGGAGCAAAUGAGGUCUAUACCAAGGCAGAGCCCGUCUUCCAAUAA